AUCUAACGACAAGGCGGUGCCAUAAUCCGCUCUAUUCCGCCACGGUUCCAAAAGCCGUGUGGCCGUCGACCAACUAUCAAUCACAGCUAGUAACUGAGGUCGUUGGGCUCUUUGACCCUCCUUAUUAUUAGGCUCGACGUAGUUGGAUCAGUGUGAGCUGGCUAGUCUGUAUUCCCCAAACCCUUCCGCUCCUUGUUUUUCGACUCCACAUUCCUUUGAUUCUGUUACGAACGUAUCGCGGACUCUGCGCCUCAUGUCGCUUUCGGUCUCUUCUUUCCCGGAGACGACGUAUACUCCACCACAAGGUCCCGGGCUCUCCGAAACACUCGACGAUCCUGCACCGAUCAAGCGUCGUCGAAUAUUCGGGAAUCUGUUUGGCAAGGACGGCCCCACCAUGUUCAAAGUGCACCGCCGCCAACACGCAGCGAAGGACAGUUUGAACUUGCAGAUAGAGGACAUCCAUACGCCUGUCGUUUCAUUUACUGCGCAGGACGUCCCUCCCCAUGUCGCGGAUCUCUCGUCAUCACGCAAGCCCAAACUCUCUCUCCCAAUUCUCGACGUCGGCCAUCAGCCUGCUUCGCGUUCGCCUACUACUCAUCACGAACAACUCGUCUUUCCUCCGACGCCCACGGCGACUCAGUACGACCACUCAAACCCCAUGAAGGAGAGCAUCAAAAGCCUCCGCCUGUCUCGCAUCUAUCGUCCCAUAGACGUCGGUCGGAAAGACGAGGAAUCGCUACCGCCAUGGGCAUCCAGAGGGGUGAUCGCAUCUUUUGGUGAUCCGGACGAUUAUGUCAAUGGCGAUCGAGAAAAGGAGGUGGAUCGCGACAGGACGAGUUCCCUUCUGACGCCGUUGAGCUCAUGGUCAACCUCGAGUACACGGCUGAGCCGCCGUCCGUCUGGAAGCUCUGCACCAUCCUCGAGGACAUCGUCCAUGUACUUUUCAUCCAUCAUCUCCGCCAUGUCUUCGCCAUCCUCAGCCUCCACAAGGCCAAGGACAGGCACGGUUCCAGUGGUUCGUAAACACACAAAUAGCGACGCUGCAGUAUCCAAAGACUUCAGGCCGGUGUCCAUAUCCUCUGAAAAUUCGACCAGGACGACGGCGUCAUCUCCUCCACGGCUGACAGGCGUUAGCACUAUGCGCUUGCGGUCGUUGUCCACGUCCUCGGCCAAGGGCGAUAGCAAGACGAGAAUGAAGCCCGCGUUGACCAUCGUCCCUCCUAUGCAGCCUACCGGCCAUAAGCGCUCGCGAACGCUGUCGAAUGCAUCUGACAAGGGCAAAGCACGGGCAAGAACCACGUCCAACCCUUCUGCCCCUUCCAUGUCCGGCGGCGAUCGCUCCGCACAACGGCCACGCACCCGCACUCUAUCGAACACAUCCGAUAAAGGCAAGGCCAAAGCGAGAAUAUCGCGCGCAGACAGCGUUUCAGAGAUCGUCAACAGCAAGAAUCAUCCUCCUGUCCCACCCCUACCUAUCAUUGGUAUGCCGUCCACUUCGGCGAACGACCUUCGUGAUGGCAUGAGCCCCGCGACGGCGCCAAUAUCCACGCGUGCCACUGCGAAAUCCCCAUCGCGCUCACCCCACCAUCGGACCCCGCAGCCGCCUAAAUCUGCCCCGUCGUCGCCAUCUAGAAAAACCUUUGGCCUUCCCUUGGCGAGCUCGUUGCCGUCUAGCUCACGGCCCCUUGUGCACACUUCUGCGACGAUGAAGCUGUACUCUCCGGCACCCAUCUCUGCCUCCACCCCUGCCUCUGCACAAUCCCUCAGUCAUCAGCAUACGCUAUCCUCUCAGCUCCGCGGCUUUCCACGUCAAGGAGUAAUGAGGUCGCGGUCGAAAUCUACUGUCGAAUCACAUCUCGAUAGAACGCUGCCUCUUAGUCCGUCGAAACCGCCCUUGCGAACUCCCAACUCAACGGGCCUUGUGGGUUAUCCAAAUACCAGGAACCAAGGUGUCCGGAGACCGUUUCAGUCAUCGGCGGACAAACGUUUAGACGAAGGUGAAUCUCCCUCCUUGACAGUGGCGACACAGGAUGCGGGACAAUACGGUUUCCAGGAGAGAAAUAUCGGCGACGUUAUUCCCAAACUGCGAGGGAUGAGGAUGAAGUAACAGCCAUCCACACGGACAAAAUAUUGUUUCUUUGGGGUUGGUCCAGUAUCAUGUACCUAAUCCGUGUGCGUAUCACACUCAUCCCUAAGAGCCGCAAUGGAUGCUUAUCCGUAUACAGCGCUGCGCAGUCUCGUUCAUACACUCUUUUAUAUCUCAAAUAGUUCAUGCAUUCCCGUAUAUUCUUUUGGGAAACUAUGUUGUACUCUGGAUCGGUAAUGUGUACUGUUAUCAGGACUUGACAUUGACUUUUCAAUUCUUUGACUCGUUCACAAAGGAUGCUUUUCGUACAUACCAUACUUCAUGUAAACCAUACAAUUCAGAUCAGAUGAUUACUGGUCG